CAAAUAAAUAAAAUCUUUUAAGUACACAUCAAUCAAUCAAAGUACAUACCUUAGCCAAGUACAUUUCCUAGUACAGAACAUUUCUGAAUUCUUGUAACUGAUUUCAAUUUCGAAAAAUGGGUUCUCUUCCUCUCAGCGAUGACCGAUCAGAAAUUGUAUUCUUCGACGUAGAAACCACCGUUCCGACCCGACCAGGUCAGGGUUUUGCCAUUUUGGAAUUCGGAGCCAUUCUGGUUUGUCCAAGGAAGUUGACGGAGCUUCGAAACUACUCAACUUUGGUCCGACCCUCCGAACUUUCACUCAUCACUCCGUUAUCGGAGCGAUGUAACGGAAUCAACGCUGAAGCUGUUUCCAACGCUCCUACCUUUGUUGAUAUUGCUCACUCUGUUUAUGACCUUCUCCAUGGGAGGAUUUGGGCGGGUCAUAAUAUUAUUAGAUUUGAUUGUGUUCGGAUUAGAGAUGCUUUUGCUGCUAUUAAACAGCCACCGCCUGAACCCAAGGGUUUGAUUGACUCUUUGGUUUUGUUGACUCAAAAGUUUGGAAGAAGAGCUGGUAACAUGAAGAUGGCUACUCUUGCUACCUAUUUUGGUCUUGGGCAGCAGACACACAGGAGCUUAGAUGAUGUUCGGAUGAAUCUUGAAGUCCUCAAAUACUGUGCAACAGUUCUAUUCUUGGAGUCAAGUCUCCCAGAUAUAUUCACUGAAAAUUGUUGGGUUUCACCAAAUGCUGUUACAAGAAGUCGCAGUAAUGGGAAAUCACGGCCAGAAGGGGGUUUGUUGGUAUCAUCUCCUGAAACUGAAACUCAAGAUAAAAAUCAUCCAAUCCUUUCUCUUGCAACAAGCAGCACAGAAAUCGCUGUUUCAAAUGCUGCAGAUACCUUUAGCUUCCGUGAGCUUCAGAACGAAAUUAAUAGAGAAUCCAUUAGGACAGAUGUAGCCAUGGAUGACAAAUCCAUACAAUAUUCACCUGGUUCAGCAGCCUCAUCUUCUGUGCAUCAGGCUGGCAGCAGCUCUAUUGCUGUUUUAGAGCCCGAUUUUUUAUCAAUAUCUUCUAUUGAUGCAUCUCUUGUUCCAUCUUAUUAUGGCAGUCAAAGGAUAGAAUUACAUCAUGAAGGUUUCCCAUUUCAGCUUCAUUGUUCUGGUUUGAAAGUGCGGUUUGGAAUAAACACAAAGUUUGUUGAUAGUGCUGGCCGGCCACGGUUAAACUUUGUGGUUGAUCCAUCACCAAGUUUAUGUAAUGUUCUUGAUGCAUGUGACAAUGUUGCACGUAAGUUAUCCUCGGAAUCUGGUAGCAGCUCUGAUUGGAGGCCAGUUGUUAUUAGGAAAGAGGGCUUCUUCAACUAUCCUACUAUCAGAUUGCAUAUACCUACAGCAGUGUGCGAAGAGAUUGCCAUUUACGCAACAGAAAUAUAUCAAAAAGAAUCAUCUGGAUCUGUGCAAAGGCUUCUCUUCAGCAAGUUUGAUGCUGCAGAACUUGAUUCCUUGUUCAAGCCUGGGACGUUUGUUGAUGCAGCCUUCUCCUUAGAUCUGUAUGACUAUCAUCAGAAUGCAGGGAUUAAAUUGGUUGCCAAGAAAUUAACCAUUCAUUGCAACUAGAAGGAAGAAUAGAUUGAAGCGUAGAUUAGAUGGUACAUACCUCAUGCCAUCAGGAUUGAUAGAUUAACCAUUGUUUAUAUUGCAAAGAUUAUAUUUCAUUGUAGUAUUUUAAUUUAUGUUCACAUUUAUAAAUUUUCUGGUUAUUCAUGGAUGACA